CCAGCCAGGGUCGCCCGUAGGCGCCCUCGAACGAUGCAAGGAAAACGAGGGCAGAGAGGGGAAGGGAAUUAAAGGGAAGCGAGGGGACGACGAGAAGAGUUGCUCCUCCACCCGUCGAUGGCUGUCAGACGAACGAAUAGAACGAACGUCGCGUUGUUGUAGCUGACGAGAUCACGACAAGCCUCAAAAGCGUCGAGGUGCCAAAGUAGCACGUACUGACUUUUGUCCGGCUGGCUGGGAGAGAGUUGCGCUUUGUUUCCGGGGCGCUAUGGCUUUGGAAAGCAGUCAUAAUAACCAACUUAGUGGAGCGACGACACGCAGUCCACUGUUGUCUAACCCGGGUAGCAUGAUUCCGGAGGAUCUGAAAGCCCGCGUCGACGGACAUGUGCUCUUUCAAUCUCACUCGGCGCAGAGUCGAGCACAGGCGCUGCGAGGUUCGCACAAUCCACGAUGAUGUAAGACCAACACAAGGCACGAGUUUGGGCGGAUGAUCCAAUCCGCAUGUACAGUAAGGGCACGGCAUGAACAAGAAGAACCAAAAGAUUGGAGUGUGAUGCAUUGUGUAAAAUCUGAUGCUUUGUCUUAAGUAAAAUGCGGGAGGUCCAAUCGGAUGCAGCACAACGACGGCCCCUGCUAGGAUCACGUUCGGAUGAAGACGCGGGUGCCAUUGGCAUGACGGCGCCGCGCAUUGAUGGCCGUUUAGCAAACUCUCGGCUCUAGAGAGUGCAGACGAGGUCCGAUUUACGCGAUCGAUCGCCCGAAGGGAAGGGGGAUGGCCCUGUAGGCGAGUGGCAGAGGCUUCGAGAACAGGAGCUCGGCCGACGACGCCAGGCUUUAGGCCGGGGCCUCUGGGAGUCAGGGGAUGGAUCGAGAUGGAGCCGAUAGAUGACCAAACCCGAUCGCUCGAAAUCUUUCGGCCGAAUUCCAGUGGUUGGUACACACGAUGCGCUAACAGUGCGAGCCGGCUUACGGGUCGACGAUAUUGUGGAGCAGCAGCAGCAUUAGGCCCGAGGUCAGCCAGAGGAGACGAGACGAGAGGCCUCGAUCCCGAAGCACGAUGUCAUGGACCUGGGAGGCGAAAAGGAGCAUGGCAGAGAAGUUGCAUAUCAUGGGUAGUGACUUAUCUCUGAGUCAUAUGGGCCUAGCAGUAGGAGCAGUAGCAGCAGUAGAGCAGUAGCAGCAGCAGGAGCAGCAGAUUAGGAAGUUUUGGCUGAGAGAGCAUGAUGAGAAAAAGGAGGCAUGUGCUGCUCUCUGGGACAUUUGGGAUGGAUGGCUCAUGCAACAGCGGCCGACGAGAAGCAUGGUUAGGGGCCGUGCGGAGCAUGGGUUGCAUUGGGUACCCGACUGUGAACCGUGCAAUGGCAUGGCUCGGUUGUGCGAGUCAGAGUGAAAUAGUGGUGUCCCCCCAAAACUUGCUUUGUCCCUUUUCGUUUGGACGGUUUGCAAUGGACUGCCAAAGCUACAACUGGGAUUUGUGGCCCCCUCCACCUCGGGAUCGCUCACCCUAACCGCUGCUUCUGUACUGGUCGCCUUCUCUCUCUCUCUCUCUCUCUCUCUCCCCAUCUCCCCCUCCCCACCUCCAUCUCCAACUGCGGUCGAGUUGAUAUUUUUGAUACCUCGCCACCUUUUCAAGUGCAGUCAGGACUCCACGUUCGAGCAUAUGCUCCUCAUCGGCAUCAUGACACCAGAAUCAUCCAUUCACCCGGAUUCGCAUUGCCCCGUUCCCACCUCGUUAGAGUGGCGUUGUGCAUGUCGAUUAUGGGUAAUUUUGGGUUGGGGGUGCUAACUCUUCAGCGCCAUCGCGCGCAAUCAUAAUAACAAUGACAAUAAUGGCGAUGUGCACGUUUUCAGGCAUGCACAAGAGCUUUGUGUUGCGGGGUUGCCUUGUCUUCCGAAAGAGAAAAGGAACUAACAAGUAUUAUAUUGAAAAGUAAGGCUAGACCCCAUCAAGUGAGACAUUGAUGAAGGAUUAAAGAUGAAAGGAGAGUAGAGCCUCAAAGCUCUUCUGAUGGAAAUUGGAAAAGGCCUAGAGCCUUCGAGGCUGUCUGUAUACCUCUGCUUUCUUGUUCCAUUUUCGAUGGGCUUACGUGUUCAGAAGUGCACUAUGGGAGUCCGACAUGUGAACCACGGCGUGAGGAAGCAAAUUGCCUUUGUUCAUGGACGAAGUUUCCUCACACAAUCUUCCGGCUCUUAUUCUAUUUGCGUGUCAUUCUAGUUCAUAAGACCUAAACCCUACACUUGUCUUCAGCAGGUAACAGCUAGUCACAAUAUUGGAACCAAC